AUGACAUGUUGCAAAAGAAGUCGAGUUCACUUCUGUCAAUCUAUAUAAGAGCCUGCCUUUGCCAUCGAUCAACAGUGAAGCUUACUUGUAGGCCAGCACCGGUUGCUUGAAGCUUCUCAGACACUCAUUUAAGAUUCUCUUUCAAGAUUUCCAUUCGUUAAGUUUGUUAUUUAAGAUUCUCAUUCCAACUUUCCCAUUCAAAACUCUCUCGUUUGCUACAGCACGAAUUUGAAGAUGAGACUACACCUUCUUCCCCCCCUGGCCACCGUGGCAUUGGCGCAUACUAUUAUGCAAUCAUUCAACGGACACCCGCAGGGAUCGGGCAUCUACAUGCCAGCAGAUGACUCGUUUAUUUCCGACGUGAAUUCGAACUCGAUGGCUUGUAACGGCGCUCCCGUAGGAUAUUUUACAUCUUCUUCAGACGUUCACACCGUUGAGGCGGGCUCUGAAGUGACGGGAGCAUGGCUUCACACAUUGACAAGCACUGGGCCUGAUGAAUUUGCCGACAACAAAGUAAUCGAUUCUUCUCACAAGGGACCAGUGUCUGUGUGGAUGAAGAAGGUGUCCGAUGCAACCAAGAACCCAUCUUCUGGCCCUGGCGAUGGUUGGUUCAAGAUCUCCGAAGAUGGCUACACCAAUGGCAAAUGGGGCGUUGACAAUCUGAUUGCUGCUGGUGGGAUUCAAAAGGCAACUGUUCCCAAAUGCAUCGCCAACGGGGACUACCUUGUCCGCUUCGAGAUUCUCGCCUUGCAUUCGGCCUCCAAGCCUGGCGACGCACAGUUCUAUAUGGAAUGCGCGCAAGUCCGUGUAACUGGUGGCACCGGCGCUGAAACACCAACUACUGUCUCAAUCCCUGGAGUGUAUAAGGCAAAUGACCCUGGUGUCACCGUCAUGAUCUGGAACAAUUUUGGAAAGCCAUACCCGUCCAGCUAUAGUGUUCCUGGACCGCGUCCAUUCCAGUGCAGCGGCUCGUCCAGUGAAGGGAACAACAACACCGUUGAGACCAACACCCCCGUCAAGACUAACAACCCCGUCAAGAGUGGUGCCUGCUCCUCCAGCAAGGGCGGGAAAAAUGGUGGCGGUAGACGGAUGUUCAAGAGGAUGUAGUGCGGUGACUAAAGAUAAGGCUGCUAUUUUGUUGUGAUGGGUUGAAGUUGGAGGGUGGUGAUGGUGAUGAGAGGGGAAUAUGAGUUUUAGGUGUUUGCGCGUGUGGACAGUGUCCCAAAGCGUGUGGGUUGACCUGACUUUACUUGACUCUGCUGAUGAGGUAACUAAAGAAAUUCAAAAAAUGUCGGUGCCGGGCCUCAACAGCCGCCGACACCGGGAAUUGUGGAUCGGAGCGCAUUCGCGAUGAACCUUCGGAGCCGUGAUUUCCGACCGGCAAACACGGCAAGUUAGUUUCCUGGCCCGUUUUUCUUGCCAAGUCCAAGA